AUGGACAGAAAACGUGGAAGUAUUGUGCCUGCCAUCCAUGUUAGUCUCUUUUGAAAUGGGAAAACCGUUUUCUCAAUGAUGAAUACAAUGAAUAGUCACAGAAGUGAACAUUUUGAAACUGUACAAUAGGGCUUUACAGAAGUCACCCCAAUAUCGUUUAUUCAAAACAAUUUAUCUCAGCUGUGGGCAGAGAUAUCAAAAAGUUGACAACUGAUGAAAUGUAUGAAAUUCAUCGCUUAACAACUUAUUAGUUGACAACUUUUCGAUAGCUCAACCGACACCUGAGAUACAUUGCUUUGUGUUGUUUCGUUCUAGACGUAUGGUUUAUCGUCUUUUAUCUUUAUAAGAGGUCUGUAAGCACGAUUUGAAACGGGAAAAGUUUCCAUUUUAGCAAACUUUCAGGAAGUUUAAUAGAAAACUGAUUUGAAAGAAACUUUAACAAUCACUUUUUUGCAGAAAGCGGUGGAAGAGAGUCUCCGAGCGAACAGUGUUACUGUGGAAGAGAACAGUCAUGAGCAAGAGGCGCAGAGAAAGAAACGGAGGAAGAAGCAGAGGAGCGGCAGUGGUCAGUUCACCGUCCAUUCGAAAAAUGAUUGUUCGACAUGAAAACACACUAAUUCGCAGAAUUAAUGACGUUUUGGCGCAUUUUUCGCGGACUUUGCUUUUUCGCCUUCGCCGCCUAAAAGCGCACUUCUCAUUUUGCACUUUCUUGACCGUUUUCAGACAGAAUUGGUUUUGAGAAUGAUAAAUCACGUAAAUACAAGCAUUUUGAGCGCUCGAACCGCGAAAACUACCGAAAAGCAACUGAAAUUCACGCAGUUUUAGCCAAAAACCUUCAAACGGAUAAAUGUGAUUUGCGACUUGACCAAAUUUGACGCUCUUGCGCUUAAGAAAUUCGUAAUAGCCUAUACAAUCGGUGAGAAAUUAUCGAUUUUUCGUGGCUAAUGUGGCAAAAAAACACUAAUUUUGCUGUUAAAAUUUGAAUUUCGCGCCAAUGUAUCGCUCUAUUGGGCGGCGCGUACUUGCGCCCAUUGUCAGCUCUGGAGAUAAAAAGUGUGAAUUAAACAACAACAAGAUGUGUUGCUGAGAAGUUUAUCUGUUGACAACCUUUUGAAACCUCCAAUGACAGUUAAGAUAACUGUUUCAAGUACUUUAUAUCGCCCUGCAAGUUUGGGUUAUGCUCACUGCUGUUCUACACCCCUAUUCUUCUCUUUCAGCCGACGCAGCCCCACUGAACUCGGCGCCUCGACAUGUUCAGAAGUUCGAUUGGAAGGAUAUGCUGCAUUUGGCCGAUUUGUCCGGCAGAAAGGUUCCCUCUCUGCGGCCAACCGCUUUACUCUUCUUUUCUUACAGCGCGGCAACUCAACCACGAGCCAUUCUGGGCACGCGACCAGAGCCGGAUCCUUGGUAGGUCUUUCGGGUUCUGGGGGAUUGUCAAACAUCUGCGUUCCAGAAAGGCAAAAACUGGAUCGAGACUCGGCUGAAACAGCGUCAAUGCUCGUACUUUGUGCCCUCGCAACGGUUCUCCGAGCGAUGCGGGUGCGGAAAGGAACGAUCGAAGCAUUCGGAAGAAGUGUUGGAGAGAAGUCAGGGCAAAGAAGCACACAACCACCUGACACUGCCCGGAAUCCAGGAGGUGGACACUACUGACGCGGACGGCGAUGGGAAUGAGGUAUAUCUCAGCUACGCGUACAGAUAUCAAAAUGUUGUCAAUUGAUAAAAUGCACAAAAUGCCUUAACGAACAUUUUGUUAAUUGACAACUUUUUGAUAUCGUUGCAGACAGCUGAGCUACAUCACUUUUAGAUGUCUGUUUCAAUAAGUUCACAUUUGUUGUUUCCUUACUAUUUUCCUCGUUAGCUUAUAGAAUUUAUUAAUGUCUAUCACUGUUAUUCCAGAUAAACUUGGCUCCCGGGCGUUGGUCCAUCCAAUCUCACACCGAAAUCGUGCCAACCGACGCGUACGGAAGUGUGGUUUUUGAAGGUUUCCUAUUGUUUUCCACACCUUUUUUUUGUCAACAAAUAAAGACAUAUUAGCUUCCAGGAACCGCGCAUCAUGCUCAGUACGCGCGAGUCAGUUUCGACACGGAUCCACGUGAUAUUGUGCAUUUAAUGAUGAAGGUGUGGAAGUUGAGACCGCCCAAACUGAUCAUCACGAUCAACGGAGGAUUGACCAAGUUCGAGUGAGUCUUUUUAGAGCCGAGCCACCUCUUUUCCAAUAAUUAUUUCCGUUUUCUCCUCCGCAUCAGUCACACUGACUGAUAAUGCGUCUUUGACGUCAUCAUCAUCACCGCCACAUUCUUUUUUUUUUCACAAAAGCGAUUGCAGUCUGCAACCGAAACUGGCGAGAACGUUCCGCAAGGGAAUCAUGAAGAUCGCCAAGUCGACCGACGCGUGGAUCAUCACUUCCGGACUCGACGAGGGCGUCGUCAAACAUCUCGACUCGGCACUUCAUGGUCAGGCGCACAUCAUUUUGAAGUAAACUGUAUAGCAAAUGUGCAAUGUACUGAUAAUGGAAGUGAGAACUUUCAGCAGAUUGGGAAACAUGAAAGUUUAGGACUUGUGACAUUCAGUUUAAACCUGAAACAAAGCAAAUCGGUUAAGAACUGACCUAACAGCAGAGUUGAGCGGAAGAACACGGAAGAAAUUUUUCUAUCUUUUUUAGAACAUGUUUUCAUGGAAUGUGAUCAACUGACGAAAUGUAUAGCAAAAUGAACUCUGCGCAUAGAAAAAUAAUUGUAAAUUUAGCUUUUCCUACAAAAAAGUUAUUCGAGUUGUUGCGUGAAAAAAGGGGGCUAACGGGGAAGACGGAAGGACAUUUUCACGCAACAACUCGAAUAACUUUUUUGUAUGAAAAGCUAAAUUUACAAUUAUUUUUCUAUGCGCAAAGUUCAAUUUGCUAUACAUUUCGUCAGUUGAUCACAUUCCAUGAAAAAAUUUUUUAAAAAAUAUAAAAAAAUUCUUCCAUGUUCUUCCGCUCAACUCUGCCUAACAGUCGGUAAUUCCUCGUACUUUAAUAGUCUCGACACUCAAAAAACAAACGUAUGCCACAUUCGUGAAACACAAUAUUCAGAUCAGGGGAACCAUCACUCGAAGAACCACGUCGUCGCGAUCGGAAUCGCCUCGUGGGGGAUGCUGAAGCAGAGAAGCCGGUUUGUGGGAACGGAUUCGACGGUGACGUACGCGCCGAACAUUUACAAUAGCGGACGGCUCAAGGAGCUCAACGACCGACACUCGUACUUUCUCUUUUCGGAUAACGGAACUGUUAAUCGGUUGGUGUUUCAGCAACUACUUUUUUUUUGGGUUUUAUGAAAAACUGCUUGUUUUUUCUCCAGAUAUGGUGCUGAAAUCAUAAUGCGAAAGCGAUUGGAGACGUAUUUGGCUCAGGGGGACAAGAGGAGAAGUGCGAUUCCGUUGAUUUGUGUGGUGUUGGAAGGAGGAGCGUUCACGAUCAAAAUGGUCCAUGAUUAUGUGACCACGUAUGUAGUAAAGUCAUUGUAUCUCAGCCGCUUGUAGAGCUAUCAAAAAGUUGUCAACAGAAAAAAUUUACCGAAUGUCAUGGAGAGCAUUUCAUCAGUUGACACCUUUUUGAUAUCUCCAUCCGCAGCUGAGAUAUGCUCUUCAGAAUCCCCCGAAUUCCCGUGAUCGUGUGCGAUGGAAGUGGUCGAGCCGCCGACAUUUUGGCGUUCGCUCAUCAGACUGUUUCACAAAACGGGUAAGUUCUUGAGCCCUAUUAAAAGUUUGCUGAUAAAGGAUUUUUAGUUUUUUAUCGGAUAACAUCAGAAAUCAGUUGGUGAACAUUGUGAGAAGAGUCUUUGGAUACGACCCGAAAACUGCACAAAAAAUGAUCAAACAGAUUGUGGAGUGCACUACGAACAAGUCAUUGGUAAGGAACUCGAGGAAAAGCUAUCAAAUUUUAUGACAAAAAGUGGGCUGAGAGCCAUAGUAGACUACAGUACAAUGCUAACUUUCAAUAGCUACAGUAGUCUUAGGAGUAGUGGUAUAAAAAAUAUGUAAAAUUGAGAAAUACAGUACUAGGCAUCUAGUCAAUAUGAAGUUACCAAAGUGUGUUGUGAAGAGUUGAAAAGAAAUUUGCAGUUUCUGCUACUACAUACAAUUCCAGUUGCUCGUUUAGAUGACAGUGUUCCGUCUCGGCGAGUCGUCGCGAGAAGACCUGGACCACGCGAUCAUGUCGUGUCUGCUCAAAGGCCGCAACCUCUCGCCUCCCGAACAAUUGCAACUCGCCCUCGCCUGGAACCGUGCCGACAUUGCGCGCACCGAAAUCUUCGCCACCGGCACCGAGUGGACGACGCAGGACCUGCACAACGCGAUGAUCGAGGCGCUCACGAACGAUCGCAUCGAUUUCGUGCACUUGCUCCUCGAGAACGGCGUCUCAAUGCAGAAGUUUCUGACGUACGGACGACUGGAGCACCUGUACAAUACCGAGAAGGGACCGCAGAACACGUUGAGAACGAAUCUGUUGGUCGACUCGAAGCAUCACAUCAAGUUGGUCGAGAUCGGGCGGUUGGUGGAGGAUCUGAUGGGCAAUCUGUACAAGUCGAAUUACACGAAGGAGGAGUUCAAGAAUCAGUACUUUCUCUUCAAUAAUCGCCGACAUGUGAGUGGUACUUUCGGCGAAAAAUGGUUGAUUUUGUACUCAUUGCAGUUCGGAAAACGCGUUCAAAACAUGAACGGCGGCCGGAACGACGUGAUCGGACCGUCCGGGGACGCCGGACGGGAACGCAUGUCGUCGAUGCAGAUCAGUCUGAUCAACAACGCGCGCAACUCGAUCAUCUCGCUCUUCGGAGGCGGCGGACGCAAAAGGGAUUCCGAUGACGGUACGCACGGUCUCCAGAGCUGACAAUAUGGGCGUGACGGCCUCGGCGAAAUGGCGUUUUCAUGAAUUGAGCAGGGGUUUUCUCUGAUUUUUGUGGUCAACGCCGAUGAAAAAUGAUUGUUCGACAUGAAAACACACUAAUUCUCCGAAUUAAUGACGUUUUGGCGCAUUUUUCGCGGACUUUGCUUUUUCGCCUUCGCCGCCGAAAAACCGCACUUCUCAUUUUGCGCUUUCUUGACCGUUUUCCGACAGAAUUGGUUUUGAGAAUGAUAAAUCACGUAAAUACAAGCAUUUUGAGCGCUCGAACCGCGAAAACUACCGAAAAGAAACUGAAAUUCACGCAGUUUUAGCCAAAAACCUUCAAACGGAUAAAUGUGAUUUGCGACUUGACCAAAUUUAACGCUCUUGCGCUUAAAGAAUUCGUAAUCGCCUAUAUAAUCGGUCUAUCGAGAGACAAAUGAGAAAUUAUCGGUUUUUCGUGGCUAAUCUGGCAAAAAACACAAAUUUUGCUGUUAAAAUUUGAAUUUCGCGCCAAUGUAUCGCUCUAUUGGGCGGCGCGCACUUGCGCGCCCAUUGUCAGCUCUGGAGACCGUGGUACGCCACUUUUUGUCGGUUUCAAAAAAGAAGCAUGUAAUAGUAAUGUCAUCGCUCUGCAGACGAAGAGUUCUCGAAUCUGGAGGAAGAGGCGAACAUGGACUUCACCUUCCGCUACCCGUACAGCGAUCUCAUGAUUUGGGCGGUGCUCACGAAACGGCAGAAGAUGGCAAAGUUGAUGUGGACGCACGGAGAAGAGGGAAUGGCAAAAGUGAGAAUCAUAUUUGAGAAAAAGUAAUUUAAAAAAAAAGAAACAUUUGAACUUGAGGCACUCGUCGCCAGUCGUUUGUACGUUUCUCUGGCGAAAACCGCCUCUUUGGCGACCGGCGAAAUUGGAAUGAGCCAGGAUUUCAGCGAGUUCAGCGAGUGAGUCAUCUUGAAAUCUGACGGCGACCAAAACGGUGCUUUUCAGUGAGUUCUCCGCGUUGGCGGUGGAAGUGUUGGAGUACUGUACGAAGCACGGACGGGACCAGACCCUCCGGCUGCUCACUUGCGAACUCACCAACUGGGGCGAUGAGACGUGUCUCUCGCUGGCCGCCAACAACGGACAUCGCAAGUUUUUGGCGCAUCCUUGGUGCGUUUUAAUGGGGGCGAAAAACUGGGGAAAAAGGUCUCGUUCAGCUGUCAAAUGCUCCUUUCCGACCUGUGGCAAGGCGGACUUCUCAUGAAAUCCAACCAAAACGCAAAAGUGUUAUCGUGUCUGGUGGCUCCUCCGCUCCUCUUCCUUCUCGGCUUCAAAACGAAAGAGCAACUGAUGCUCCAGCCGAAAACGGCGGCGGAGCACGACGAAGAAGGAUCGGAUUCGGAUGUGAGUGCGGUGGAAUCGGAGACCGACGACGACAGUUCCAGCGAUUCGGACGAGUCCGACGAGGAAGCGGCCAAAGGACGGGCUCCGAGCGUCGGAGCCGAUCAACCGUUGAGCAUUCAGAGGGUAAGAAACAUCGGGGGGACACUUUUGAGAGCCAACUGAUAGUGAGCAAUUGUAGUUGAUGCGUGACAAGCUCAAUUUCUCGGAAAAGAAGAAGCCCGAAAUGGGAAUCAGCCGAAUUGUGGUCGCGCCGCCGAUUGUGCAGGCCAGAAGUCGAGCGAGGACGAUGUCGAUCAAAAAGAGCAAAAAGAAUGUGAUACAACCGCCGGCGUGUUUGAAGAUUGACAAUUCGGAAGACGACGACGAGCACGAGCAGAGAAAGGCCACCGAAAAGUGUGCGUUUUGCUCAUUUUGAGCUCAAGAUGAGCAGAAUGAAUUGAGAAAUUUGAGAAAAAGUUGAAUCGAUUCCCGUUUUUUUCGCUCAAAAUGCUCGAAUUUCAGUUUUCCACAUCUAGUCGUCAUCGCCCGCUUCCACAAUUAUAUAUUAUCGUUCUCCUGAUACCAUAACCAUUUUCAGACAUCAACCGAACCGGAAAACGUGGCUCUGUCGCUGUGGCGAUCGCCCACGACGACAUGUAUUUGGAUCCGAGCGAGGAGAUGGAGACGGAGACUCGGCAGAAGUCUUCCCGCGAGUUUUCCUCGUCUCGCAACGAGACAGUCCAUGUCUACACGGUGCCGAGCACAAAUGUUCGAGUAAAUGGUUCAUUGUGUUGUGUUGCAGCAACGUCCAUUGUCGUGGAAAAGAAAAAUAAUGGAGUUCUACAAGGCGCCGAUCACCACCUACUGGCUCUGGUUCUUCGCGUUCAUCGUCUUUCUGAUAUUGCUCACCUACAAUUUGCUCGUCAAAACUCAAAAAGUGGCGAGCUGGUCCGAAUGGUACGUCUUCUGCUACAUCCUCGUGUGGACCCUCGAAAUGGGUCGGAAAGUCGUCUCGACGAUUAUGAUGGACACUUCGAAGCCGGUGCUCAAACAACUUCGCGUUUUCUUUUUCCAAUAUCGAAACGGACUGCUCGCAUUCGGACUGCUCACUUAUCUGCUCGCCUAUUGGAUACGUCUGAGUCCCACCACCAAGUGAGAGAUCAAAGCUAUACACGGUCUCCCCCAAUAGCUAAUGCUAAAUUGAGCGCCGCGUUAAAACGGAGUGUCGUUGAAAACAAAAGCAGGUCUCUGAAAUUUCUGGAUUUUUUUUCGGAAAACCCGAAAUUUCAUCCGAAAAUGAGAAAAAUGAAGUAAAACAGAGAAUUUCCGAAUUGUUAAUAACAGCUGUGACCUUAAAUUAGCGUUUUGCCGCCACGAGAAAGCACGCAUUAUUACACUUUUCUGUGAAUUUCAGUCCGGCACCUCAAAAACUGAAAAUUCUCAGUGAUUUUUGCAUUUUAUGGUCCGUCUCUGUGCUCAAAAUGACCGCCUUUGUCUGCUGAACAAUCGCGAGGCAACUGUUUUUCGAUUCUGUCAAUUGUUUUCUCAAAACUUCCGAAAGUUUGUUUUUUCAAGCCAAAUUUAAAAAACGAAAUUAUCAUUCGAAUUUUCACUUUGACACGAGCACUCUGUGAUCAUUUUGUAGCUAUCGGUCAUAUGAACAAACGUGAGGCAAAAGUUUUCAAAGAAAAAUGUGCAUAAUCCCAAAAACUCGGGAAAACAUCGUUUUCAGUUAAAAAAAAGAAUCCCGUAAAUCGACACUGAGAGCCGCACGCAAAAAAGCGCGCGAAAUUUUUUUUUCGCCGAAGGGGAAACAGAACCGAACGUCAAAAUCUCAUUCAGAACAUUGGGAAGAAUUCUGAUCAUCUGUAACUCGGUGGUUUGGUCGUUGAAACUCGUCGACUACCUGUCCGUGCAACAAGGACUCGGUCCCUACAUCAAUAUUGUCGCCGAAAUGAUUCCGUCGAUGAUUCCCCUCUGCGUGCUCGUCUUCAUCACCCUCUACUCGUUCGGACUUCUGCGCCAAAGUAUCACGUAUCCGUACGAGGAUUGGCACUGGAUUCUCGUCAGAAACAUCUUCCUCCAGCCGUAUUUUAUGCUUUACGGAGAGGUCUAUGCCGCUGAAAUUGACACGUGCGGCGAUGAGAGUGAGUGCAUUUGCAAGAGCACCAUAAUAGUACAAAGCGACUUUCAGUCUGGCACGCGCAUGAGGAUGAGAACAUUCCGAUCAGUAUGCUCAAUGUUACUCGUGAGUUGUCCUUUUUUUUUCUGUUUCACUAGUCAAAUUGAAUGAACGGAACAUUGUCCAGACGAGACGUGUGUGCCCGGGUACUGGAUCGCCCCCGUCGGACUCACCGUCUUCAUGCUCGCCACGAACGUCCUGCUGAUGAACGUGAUGGUGGCCGGAUGCACGUACAUCUUCGAGAAGCACAUCGAAUCGACGCGCGAGAUUUUCCUAUUCGAACGGUACGGACAAGUGAUGGAGUACGAGUCGACGCCCUGGCUGCCGCCUCCGUUCACCAUCAUCUAUCACAUCAUCUGGGUCAUCAAGUUGGUCCGAUUCUCGAGUCGAAUGUUCGAACGGAAGAAUCUUUUUGAUCAGAGUUUGAGUGAGUUGAGAGUUCCGUUUCAGUGUUGUUUUUUUUCGUCUUUAUCGUUUUUUUUACAUCGCUGAAUUGGGUUUUUUGACGUAAAAAACCGAACAAAAACCGAACAAAAAAACUAAUUUUUUCACAGCCUGAAUAAGUUCAUGGCGGAACCGCUGCAAGUGCGCUCUAUCGCACUUUCAGCUGGAAAUUGAGAGCAAAACGUCUUUAUCAUUCAAAAGCUUCCUUUCAACGAACAAUGUAAUGUGUCAAUUUGUGUAAAAUUCCAGAAUUAUUCCUCUCGCCGGACGAAAUGGAAAAAGUGCACACGUUCGAAGAGGAGAGUGUGGAGGACAUGAAACGAGAAACAGAGAAAAAGAACCUGAGUUCGAACGACGAGCGGAUCUACCGAACCGCCGAGCGAACCGAUGCCAUCCUCCACCGAGUCGCGCAGUUGACACAGAUGGAGGUGACGCUGAAGGAGGAGAUCCGCGAGUUGGAGCACAAGAUCAAGAGCAUUGACACGCGACACGUAAGUACAAUAGGAGAACUUGAUGAUAGCUGGGAUUUGCAGAAAGACCAAAUGUCGGUGAUGAUGGAAAUGAACAGGAAACUGUCGAAAGUGCUGAGCAAGUCGAAACGGGGCUCAUUCGGCGGAAGCGGAAGCGAUGGCGGAACAUCGGAGCACAGUAUCCUCGAGCAGAAGAACAGCCUGCCAGUGGUACCCGUUUCCCUCCACUCCUUUUCAACUUGGUCCCCUUUUUCAGAUAACUGUCGACGGACCGACUCCGAUUGGCUCUCGACGGACCUCUGGACAAUAUCUGAAGAGGGAUUCGAUUCAUUCGAAGAAGAAGGCGAUGGAGAAUCGAAGAAAUUCAUUGGAGCACACGAAGAGUGUGCCGGCGAUUCAGUUGGAGUUGCUCGAAGGUAAUGAGCAACUCGGAGGACUAGACAAUUUAUGAGAAUGUUCAGACAACGACGACUCGGCGGCCGAAUCCGCCUUCGAAGAGGGAACCAUCAGUAUAGCGGUGCCGCAGAUGAGGGUCCGACACGUGACGGAAAGCGACAAAUCGGAGGAUCUGUCGGAGGACGAUCUCAUCUCCCGCGAGGUCGCUCCGCCGCACAGCAUCAAGUGAGUCCGAGCAGUUUUGAAAGUUCCAAUAGGGGAAACUUUUGCAGUCUGCCACGUGGUCCCCGCCGUCACGCCCUCUAUUCGACAAUUGCUGAUGCCAUCGAGACGGACAACGAUUUCUAUGCGGUCUGUUUUGGUUUCGAGCACUUUUAAUCGAUUUCUGUUGCAGGAUAGUCCGGUUCCGAUGCCAAUGACUCCGAUCCAACCGGAAGAUGGCUCGUAUUUCGGAGAAAAUGUGAGCGCAAUCCCAGAAAUUACAACUUUUUACUAAAGUGUCAUUCAGUUUCAGGAGUCGAUGAGAGGCGAUGAGAGCGACUUCGAAUAG